UGAUGUUAAUGAUGAUGAUGAAUUGAUGGUGAUGAUGAAUGUUAAUGAUGAUGAUGAAUUGAUGAUUAUACUUAUGACUCAUGGUCAAUGAAGACUUACACAGCAUUGAGCUCCUAGUUUUGCAAUAAGACGAUGAUGUUAUACGAGCGAGAAACUCAACCGGUAUGGCUUCCGACUGAGAGAAAGUGUUUUAAUCUUCUCCAACAAUGUCACCGACACGGCAGAUUCUCACUUCUUCAGAUUUAUGCUUUCAUGCUCCGCCACGCCAUAGAGACCAACGUUAAAAUUUUCACCAAGUUCUUGGUUUGUUCUUUGUCGGUUGCUGGGAUUGGUUAUGCCCGUAAGUUGUUCGAUCAAAGGCCUCAAAGAGAAGACAGUUUCCUCUGUAACUCCAUGAUCAAGGCCUAUCUUGAAACUCGUCAUUACACUGAUUCGUUUGCUCUUUACAGAGAUCUUAGAAAGGAAGAGACUUGUUUUGCUCCUGACAAUUUUACUUUCACGACUUUGAUAAAGUCCUGUACUUUGAGUUUGUGUGUUUACCAAGGUCUACAGUUGCAUAGCCAGAUUUGGAGAUCUGGGUUUUGUGCAGAUAUGUAUGUUUCGACUGGAGUUGUUGAUAUGUAUGCUAAAUUUGGGAAAAUGGGAUGUGCGAGGGAUGUGUUCGAUGAAAUGCCUCAGAGAAGUGAGGUUUCUUGGACGGCUCUAAUCUGUGGGUAUGUUAGGUGUGGAGAGCUGGAUUUGGCGAGUAAGCUCUUUGAUGAGAUGCCUCAAGUUAAGGACGUUGUGGUAUAUAACGCAAUGAUGGAUGGUUACGUUAAAUCUGGUGAUAUGGCCUCUGCCAGAAGAUUGUUUGAUGAGAUGACUCAUAAAACUGUCAUCACUUGGACCACUAUGAUACAUGGUUACUGCAACGACAAUGACAUAGAAUCUGCGAGGCUUUUGUUUGAUGCUAUGCCGGAAAGGAACUUAGUUUCUUGGAAUACAAUGAUAGGAGGAUACUGUCAGAAUCAAAAGCCUCUCGAAGCUAUAAGAUUGUUUCAAGAAAUGCAGGCAACCACCUCUCUAGAUCCGGAUGAUGUGACUAUUGUGUGUGUGCUACCAGCUAUUUCUGACAUGGGUGCUCUCAGUCUGGGUGAAUGGUGUCACCAUUUUGUGCAGAGGAAAAAGCUCGAUAAGAAGGUGAAAGUGUGUACUGCAGUUCUUGAUAUGUACUCGAAAUGUGGGGAGAUAGAGAAGGCGAAAAGAAUGUUUGAUGAGAUGCCAGAGAAAGAAGUAGCCUCUUGGAAUGCUAUGAUACAUGGGUAUGCUUUGAAUGGGAAUGCACGUGCAGCUUUGGAUCUAUUCUUGGCAAUGCUGAAAGAAGUAAAGCCAGAUGAGGUCACAGUGCUUGCAGUUCUCUCAGCUUGUAACCAUGGCGGAUUAGUGGAGGAAGGAAGAAAGUGGUUCCACGUGAUGAGAGAAGAAUUUGGCCUGAAUGCUAAAAUUGAGCAUUAUGGAUGUAUGGUUGAUAUACUAGGCAGAGCAGGGAACCUAGACGAAGCAGAGGAUUUGAUUACAAACAUGCCUUUUGAACCAAACGGUAUUAUUUUAAGCUCUUUCUUGUCUGCAUGUGGUCAAUACAAGGAUGUAGAAAGGGCUGAGAGAAUUCUGAAGAUGGCAGUCGAAUUGGAGCCUCAGAAUGAUGGGAAUUAUGUUCUGUUGAGGAACUUGUACGCUGCAGAUAAAAGAUGGGACGAUUGCGGGAUGGUGAAAAACAUGAUGAGGAAGAACGAAGCCAAGAAAGAGGUUGGUUGUAGCUUGAUUGAGAUAAAUUAUAUCGUUUCUGAGUUUAUAUCAGGAGAUACAGCCCAUCCUCAUCGGCAAAGCAUACAUAUGGUUCUCGAGAGGCUGCUUAUGCACAUGAAAGAGGAGGAAGCCAACUGGUGAAAGUAACUCACAGUUUCAUGUUAGUUCAUCACAUGCUACUCAAUAUGAGAUACUUGGGCCAUUAAGAGUUAGUAGUAGCAUUCUAAGAGAGGUUACCAUGUUCAGACCAAUGGACUCAGAGAACUUCCAUGUUCCUCAACAGUGGAAAAUUAAAAAAAGCUCCAUAUCCAGUUCUUUGUUUGGUAUGUCUCUGCAGUGCUAUGAAACAGCUCCACUAGCUCUUGGAACAAAGAUAUUAGCAUCUGAAGUUUUGGCUCAUGAAUGGGAUAGCAAAAGACUGAAUCAAAGAUAUGUAAGGAUUAGUUACAAGAUAUGGGACGCAUAAAUUGAUUAGUAUUUAUUGACA